AGGACUCAGCUAGGUUGCUUUAUUAGCCGAGGACGGCGGCUUGGCGUGUCCAUUGCCACUUCUAGGCCGCUGAGCUUUACGCGAUAACCAUGCUGAGGCAGCUUAGCAACGUUCUGCCAGGCACCAUCCGCGCUGCUUGCGGAGUGACUCCCGUUGCGCUUAACCGUGGCUUUAAGGCGGUGGCCGAUGUUGAGAUAGACUUCAGCAACAGGGAGACCCUAAAGAAGUAUGUAGGCAUUAGGGACCAUCUCAGCAAGGAGCCUGGAACGCGCGGCAAGCUUGUCGAGGCGCUCUCAGAGGUGCUGAACGCCAUCAAGGCAGCACCCGAGACCUCUGAUUACCGGAAGGCUGUGGAGGCUACGUGCCAGUACCGCCUUAAGGUGUGCCAGCAGAACGAGUCGGACGCGGCGAUUGAGGAGGUGCUCGACGCGCAUUUGGAGGAGCUCAUUAAGGAGUGCAAGGAAGAGGCGCGCCUUGCCACCUACAUUGCUGGCACCAAGCCGUGGGACGUGCCUGCGGACUAUGCGGUGCCGGUCGUGGACUACCAGGACGCCGCUGCGGUUCUGGAGGCCAAGAAGUAAGCAGCUGUUGCUGGCACUUCAUGCGGAGAGCUCAGGGUUUGGGACGGAGGCGGUAGUGUAGGACAACGGCAACAGCACUGUUCCGCCUUCCGGUUUGCUGCCGCCUUCCGGCUGGGGACCGUAACGCGGAGUUCAUGGUUAUAGACAGUAGCAUUGUCGUUGGGGCGGAGUUUUGGGGAGUUGCAAGGUAGUGAUGCUCAUGACGAGCUACUUUACAACAGCGUGCAUCCGAGCGAGCAGGCUGGAAGGCAGCCGUAUAUCCUGGCUGUAGCCAAGCCAUCGUCCUGCUGUAACACUAUGUGUCCACCUAUGUCGAUUUGCACUACGGAUGCGGCAACCACGCAUCACAUACCCUGUGCCUAUUGGGGCAACAUAACACACCAUAUGACUAAGCCGUAAACUUUACAUGGAGCCCUGCGGAGGCACGGUAUAAACUCAUCCAACACCAUCCCUGCCAAUUGGGGCAGCAUCGAACUAUGAUGAUGCUAAGGCCGAAAAAUCUACAUGAUGGCACGGCAGAAGCACCCCCAAACACUAUCCAGCAAAACGUUACCAAAGAGCCCUGAGCAACACGUGUGCGCCAAUCACCAACAUGGUCCUCACGAACAGUAGGGCCGGAAACCCGUGCCGCAAACCACCCAACCUACAACCGCUUGUCAAAAGGCUUUACGUAAAAGAGCCUUUCAGGGUCAACACGCUCCACCUAAGACUUGGCCGCCCGCUUGGCCUGGAUAUCCUUCACAGCUGCCUUGAUGGCGUCCUCCGCCAGCAUGCUGCAGUGCAGCUUGACAGGUGGGAGGCUAAGGUGCUUGGCGAUGUCGCUG